GGCACAGCACCAUGGCCAACAAGGGUCCAGAGGGUGAGCACCCGUCCGUGACACUCUUCCGCCUCUACCUGCGCAUCCGCACUGUGCAGCCUGAGCCUGACUAUGGGGCUGCCGUGGCCUUCCUUGAGGAGAGAGCACUUCAGCUGGGCCUGGGUUGUCAGAAAGUGGAGGUGGCACCUGGCCGUGUGGUAACUGUACUGACCUGGCCAGGCACCAACCCCAUGCUCUCUUCCCUCCUGCUUAACUCCCACACGGAUGUGGUGCCUGUCUUCAAGGAGCACUGGAGCCAUGACCCCUUUGAGGCCUUCAAGGACACUGAGGGCUACAUCUACGCUCGGGGCGCCCAGGACAUGAAGUGUGUUAGCAUCCAGUACCUGGAGGCUGUGAGGAGACUGAAGGCUGAGGGCCACCGUUUCCCCAGAACUAUCCAUAUGACAUUUGUUCCAGAUGAGGAGAUCGGGGGUCACCGAGGCAUGGAGCUGUUUGUGAAGCGGCCCGAGUUUCAGUCCCUGAAGGCUGGCUUUGCCUUGGAUGAGGGUCUGGCCAACCCCACCGAUGCCUUCACUGUCUUUUAUAGUGAGCGGAGCCCUUGGUGGGUUCGAAUCACAAGCACUGGGAAGCCCGGCCAUGGCUCACGCUUCAUUGAGGACACAGCAGCAGAGAAGCUGCACAAGGUUGUGAGCUCGAUCCUGGCCUUCAGGGAGAAGGAGAGGCAGAGGCUGCAGUCAAAUCCCCACCUCAAGCUGGGGGCCGUGACCUCUGUGAACCUGACCAAGCUAGAAGGUGGAGUCGCCUACAACGUGGUGCCUUCCACCAUGAGUGCCAGCUUUGACUUCCGAGUAGCACCUGAUGUAGACUUGAAGGCUUUUGAGGAACAGCUGCAGAACUGGUGCCAGGCAGCUGGCGAAGGGGUCACUUUCGAGUUUGCUCAGAAAUGGACAGAGCCCCGAGUGACAUGUACUGACAAUUCAGAUCCCUGGUGGGCAGCCUUUAGUGGGGUCUGCAAGGACAUGAACCUCACCCUGGAGCCCCAGAUCUUCCCUGCUGCCACUGACAGCCGCUAUCUCCGAGCGGUGGGGGUUCCUGCCCUGGGCUUCUCGCCCAUGAACAACACACCUGUGCUGCUGCAUGACCAUGACGAACGGCUGCAUGAAGCUGUGUUCCUCCGUGGGGUCGACAUUUAUACUCAUCUGCUGCCUGCCCUGGCCAGUGUGCCCGUCUUGCCCUGCGACAGAUGA